AUGAAUAUCCAAAUUUCAAACAUUUCACAUCUGUUUUGUUCAAUGGAAACAACGAUUGUUUCACGAUUACUAUCGAAGUUAAAGGAAGAAUAUCCUUCCGAACAACCAUUAGGCAGUUACAUUUCUAAAGAACUUCAGUUCGAAUCGAUAUUACAACUUUUACCUGGAAAGAAUGAUGAACAUCGUCCCGCGAUCUAUUCUACCACUUUAUCUGUGCUUUAUACACACAAGAACAUAAGAAAUUUUAUCGAAAAUCAAUUUAAUUUGCAUGAAUUCCAUAUUCAAUGUAAUGAUCGCGUCGGCAUUCUUCUUCCCAAUGGCACCGAACUUGGUCUUUGUCUUCUGGCCACUUGUUCCUAUUAUGCAUCUUCAUAUUUAAGUGAUAUUACUUAUUUGGGUUAUUACAGUUUAUCAAUGGUCAUUUUUGGCUCAAUAUUUAAAUUAUUGACAUUCAUAAACUUGUGCCAACCAGCAUUUCGAAAUACAAAUGCACGUCCAACAAUACAUUAUAUGCGUGUAUUGGCAUUGAUUGAUUUGUUCGCAAUGUAUGGGUGGAAUCUAGACAAUUACUUAGGCCUCGUACAAGGUUUUACGUUUUAUUCAUCGUACACAGUUGCAUCAUGUAAAGUCUUCAGUUUUUUCAAUUAUUUUACGAAUGAAACUUCUGCAUGGUUACAUGUAUUUAUCUGUUUUGAUCGAUAUUUAUUUUUGAGUCGUACGCAACCCAAUACUUGGUUUAAUCGAUCAAAGAGUGUUCUAAUUAUCAUUGGUUGUGUUAUAGGAGUUUUUAUUCUUGCUAACUUACAUUUUCUAAUAUUUGUUUGUUAUGAAGAUGACAAUGAAAAAAUCAACACUGGAUCAAAAUUUUAUCAAGUUUUCCCAUUAUAUAAUCAAAUAUAUGCAUUUAUUUCUAGUGUUAUCCCAUCUGUGGUCAUGAUGACAUUCAGCUGUGUCUCAGCAUAUUAUCUACGUCAAUUAAGACAAACAAGUACAAUACAAAAUUCAAAAAUUCGUCACCGUGCUAUAUCAAUCACACUUAUAAGUACAAGUCUUCUCUUCGUUAUAACUUCUGCACCUACGCCAAUCUUUUAUGGCUUCUUUUAUGAUGAUCUGUCGAAAACAGCUUUAGGUCGUCGUGUUCUGAAUAUCUUUGACACACUUUCAUAUACAUAUCCUAUCAUAGAUUUUCCUAUCUAUCUGAUUACAUUUACUGAAUUUCGACGUGAACUUAUUCGUUUAUUAAUACGCAAUCGAGCUAUUUCACCAAUUAUUACUGAAAAUACACAACGCCCUGCCCCUCAAAAUCGUGCACAAAAUAUUUCGACCGCGCAUAAUUUUUAA